UCUGGCGUGUUGUCAGUGCGGAUCUAGGCGGCUGGCUGUCAUGCGGUAGUCGCUGAGGAUGGUUUCCGAGGUUUUGCUGUUCAGCUACGCGCUCCUGCUCGGUGCAGUGGGCAUCCAGAUUAAGGACCUCCGGGUGCCAUCUGUUGUCCGGAACAACUCGGGAUCGGCCGCGCUACUUGACUGCGAUUACACGUUGAAGCCGGAAGAACUCGCCGCCCACUCGUACGCGGGUCUGGUGGUAAAGUGGUACUUCAACAGCAGUCCCAGCCCGGUGUACCAGUGGAUCCCGGGACAGAAGCCGCAGGACCUGGGCAUCCUAAAGGGCAAGCUGGACUUGAAGCACCGCUCCUCAGACCACGGAGCCACCAUGUACCGGGCUCUGUACAUACGAAACCCCACGACGGAACUCUCCGGCGAGUACAAGUGCCUCGUGUCGACCUUCGACGACGAGGACUUCAUGACCAAGAAGAUGGUCGUCUUUGCUCCCGAAAAGAGUCUUGAGUUCACGACAUCAAAGCCUGCCAUUGACUCUGUGAACCUGACGUGCAGGGCGCGUGGCGUCUAUCCAGAGCCAAAGAUGGCGCUCUUCAAGGAUCCGGACAGGAUGAUAGUAGAUGAUGUGCAGGUGGAGACGCUGUCCCGACAGCGAUCGUACGACAUCGUGGCCACAAAAUUGAUGCCAGACGACGACCUGGAUACUCCCACGGUGUUUGCCUGCGAGCUGCGCAUUCCAGAAGCAAGCUACGAAGUUACGAAGAGCGUUGUCUACUAUCCAGGGAUGUUCAACCAGCCAAACGACAGUGGUGACCUCAGAUGCCACAGUCACUUCUGGGCGUCCCUAGUUACGUCACUGCUGAUCGCAUAUGGCUGCUGUUGCUGAGACCAUCUAAACUGGUCUGAUUUUGAAAUGACGGCCGUUGCUAACUCCCAUAUUCACCGCCGUGCGGCGCACUUCCUAACAAUGGUGACACAAUGAUUACGUGUCUAAACAAACAGGGUAAACUGUAGAGGAAAGCCCCACCAUGGAUGAAGGAAGAAUUAAAUCAGUUGGCUUUCCCCCCACCCCGAAUU